UAACAUUUUACUUUAAAUACUUGUUCGAAAACUAUUUUUUUAUAUUCAAAUUUAUUCAAAUACAUUUUUGGUUAGAGGUAUAUCAAUUGCAACAUGAUCAUGAAUAAUAAGAAGAAGGUAGGAACAACUUUAACUGAUCACAUUGAACAUAACAAUAAGAAAAACGAAUAUAUAUGUACGAUUCGUGAUGAACGUAAAAUUGAAGCAAGUUCUUGUUUAGACACAUCAACUGAAAUACAUUGGUUUCCAAAAAACGAAGCAGAAUUAGAUCAGCAUCCUAGUCAUGUGCUAAAUUAUGGUUUAGAGCUUGAUGGAAAUCACCCGAGCUUUACUGACCCAGUUUAUCGUCAAAGAAGGACUGAGUUAGCUUCCAUCGCUAAAAACUAUCAAUAUGGCCAAGUAAUACCAAGAAUUACUUACACUUCUCAAGAGAUUGAAACAUGGAAUAGUCUGUUUAAAGUUUUAACAGAAAAAUACCCCAUUUACGCAUCCAAAGAAGUAAACGAACUGUUUCCACUUUUAGUUAAAAAUUGUGGAUAUAGAGUGGGAAAUAUACCUCAGCUUGAAGUUGUAUCUAACUUUCUAAAAGAAAGGACCGGUUUUACUAUUCGUCCAGUUGCUGGUUUGUUGUCUUCACGUGAUUUUUUGGCUGGUUUAGCUUUAAAGGUUUUUCAUGCAACACAAUAUAUCAGACAUCAUUCCGACCCACUUUUCACUCCUGAACCAGAUACUGUGCAUGAACUAUUGGGUCACGUGCCAUUGCUUGCCGAUCCUGAUUUUGCUGAGUUGUCUCAGGAAAUUGGAUUGGCUUCCCUUGGCGCAUCAGAUGAGAUUAUUUUAAAGCUGGCAACGUUAUAUAUGUUCACAGUAGAGGUUGGAUUAUGCUUGCAGAAUAAUGAAGUGAAAGCAUAUGGAGCUGCACUUUUGUCAUCAAUUGGAGAGCUUCAAUAUUGUUUUUCUGAGAAAUCCAUAAAAGUUCCAUUUGAUCUUGAAGAAAUAUUUGCGACUAAAUACUCUUUGACAGAAUUUCAACCAAAAUAUUUUAUUGCAGAGUCAUUCAGUGAUGCAACAAAUAAAGUUAGGAAAUGGGCAAAAGGUUUACCGAACGCAAAUGUAAUCAAGUAUAAUCCUAUUACAAGAAGCAUUGAAGCUAUCAUAGAAGUGUCACAAAUGAAUUCUCAAAAAUGCAUGAGAUUUGAUUAAGUUGCUGCUUUAAAAUUUUAAUUUUCUGAUAUGAAAUAAAUUAGUCUUUAACAUUA